GGGGGGCUGAAGUUCUCGAAUGAAAAGUUAACAGACAGAUUGUUGAUACUUCACCUGUCAUUUCAGCGCAGUAUGUCUUCAAAUCCUUCUAAGCAAAGCCUCAAAGGGGGGGCUGAGUCAGAAAUCAACGAUGAAGAAGAUGGAAGCAUGGAUAAGGCGGAAGAACAUUUUCGGAUAAAAACUCUGGAUGAAAUUCGACAAGAAAAAAGAAGACGCCUGGAAAAAGACGAUGCAACCGGAGAGGAACGCAAUGGAUCACCAAUAGACAUUUUGGGAACUGCUAGCCCAGUAGAUUCAGCUAGACGAGAUCAGAAGUCUUCUUCGAAACAAAGUUCUCCGGCGGUUCAGGGAACAGAAAGCGAAGUCAUAUAUCAGCUUAGUCCUGAACAAACUAGUUUGUCUUCAGCAUCAUCGCCAAGCAGAACUCCAAAAAAGUUGAAACAACCUUCACACCAUGACGGUGCAACCAGUGGAGUCCAGGUGAACAGGAGGAGAAAAACAGAAGAAGAGGAAGGUGAAAUUGUAAGCGACCCAUCUGAUUCAGAAAGUAGAAGGGGGGAGAAUAGAUCCAGAAGGUACUCAUUGAUCAGCAAUCCUGAUGUUGAUGAGAAAAUUGAAGCAGCAGAACCAAGAGAUAAAGAUAUAAAACAAGAAAAGAGGACAGAUGAGUCUAGUGAAGAAGAGUCUUCUAAUGACGAAGAAAGUGAAGAAGACACUGAGACAGCAGCUGCUACUAAAAGAGCUCAGGGGGGGGGGAAGGAAACAGCGGAGGUGAAGAAAGAAAGCAGUGUCUCUGAAUCUGAGAGUGGUAGUGAAGAGAGUAGCAGUGAUGAUGAUGACAAUGAUGAUGGGAAUGAGAAGAUACAGGAAGAAGUUUCUAAGGGUGAGCAAAAAGAAAGCAAAGUAAAGCAGCAGAGGGAGACUGGGGUGAAGAAAAAUGCACCAAAAGAGGUGGUUUUAAAGAAAAAUAAUAAAGAAGAUGAAAGUUCCAGUGAAGAGGAAGACAGCAGUGGGGGGGGCAAUGAAGAAGAAGAAAGUGAAGAAGAGGAAAGUGAGAGUGAAAGUUCCGAAGAAAGUGAACAAGAAGAAGUAAAGAAACAAGUUACAGAAAAGACUGAAACCAUGAAGACAGAGGAGGUUGAAACAGAAGAUCUUCAUAAGGAAUUACAACAGCUGAAACGUCAAAGACCAAGUGAUGAGAGACAAAGACAUAAACUAAAAACAGAGAGACGUCGUUAUGAAGAAAGAGAACGCAGAGGAAAGGGACAAGGCUCCUCGGGGGGGAGGAGUGAUAAAGAAAGGUUCAGGGAGAAAGAAAACAGCCAAGCAAGAUAUCAAGUUGUUGAGGAAAGUCGACAUUCACAAAGCAAAAAUAAGAAAAGAUCUUACGAGAGGGGAAGAUCUGAUCAGGUUGCAGUGGAUCCUAAACAAAAGGAAAGCAGAGAUAAGCACAGGUCUUACUCAAAAGAUAGCAGCAAGCCAAAAUCAGAGAGACCACAUGCAAGAGAAAAACAGUCUGAGAUUAGCGUUGAGAGAAAAAAGGAUAGAUCACGAAAGGACUCAGAGAAGCGCAUCAAGCCUUCUGCCGAGGAAUCUUCAAACCGUGAAACAAAAGGCAAAGAUAGGAAAAACCACAGUGGAAGUAAAAGGAGUAGUUCUGCUUUGGAGAAGACCAAUAAGGAAAGUAGAGACAGUGAAGAAGAUACCCAGCAAAAUAAACCAAAGAAAGAGGAAGGAAAAUCGCUGAUCCUAACAGAUCGUGAGAGGAGACAGUUUACCAAUGAAGUUGUUGACAUAGAAAGUGAGGGUAGUAGUGCGGAAGACAAUAAAGAAGGAGCACCCUCAGAUGUUGAAAUGAAGCUUUCUGGUGGUGAACAAGAGGAGGACGAAGAAGAGGAAAAAGUGAAACUGCCUCCAUACUAUCCAGCGGUUCGUGGCUGUAGGAAUGUGGAAGAGUUUCAAUGGCUGAAUAGAAUUGAAGAGGGGACAUAUGGGGUUGUAUACAGAGCUAAAGACAAAAGAACAGGUGAUAUAGUUGCAUUGAAGAAAUUAAAGGGGGGGAGAGAGAAGGAAGGAUUUCCAAUCACAUCUUUGCGGGAAAUCAACAGGGGGGGGAAAGCACAGCAUCCUAACAUUGUCACAGUUAGAGAAAUUGUUGUAGGCAGCAAUAUGGAUAAGAUUUACAUUGUAAUGGACUAUGUUGAACAUGAUCUGAAAGUUCUUAUGGAGCACAUGACACAGGGAUUCAGAAUGGGUGAAAUCAAAACUCUUAGGGGGGGGCUUCUACGUGCUGUGGCUCAUCUCCAUGACAACUGGAUACUGCACAGGGAUCUGAAAGCCUCUAACCUACUGCUCAGUAAUAAGGGAAUCCUAAAGGUUGGUGACUUUGGACUUGCAAGGGAGUAUGGUUGGGGGGGUAAAAAUUACACCCCCAUUGUGGUUACCCUGUGGUACAGAGCUCCUGAACUCUUGCUAGGCACCAAGGAAUAUUCUACCCCUAUAGAUCUGUGGUCAGUUGGGUGUGUGGGGGGGGAGUUAUUGACCAUGAAGCCACUGUUUCCUGGAAAAUCAGAGAUAGACCAGAUCAACAGAAUAUUUAAGGGGCUUGGCACACCGAGUGACAAAAUUUGGCCCGGUCCUCCCUCAUAUUGGGGGGGUCCAGCAGUGCAGAAGAUGACCUUCACUGAUUGGGGGGGCAACAAUUUGAGAAACAAAUUUGGAGCUUACCUCACAGACAAAGGCGGGGGGGUGUUAAACAGGGGGGGGACAUAUGAUCCAGGCAAAAGGAUUACUGCUGAGGAAGCUUUAAAGCAUGCCUAUUUCUCGGAAUCUCCCCAACCAGUGGACCCCUCCAUGUUUCCAAGGGGGGGUGCCAAGAGUGAAAUGGCAAAGAGGCCCAAGAGAAAGGAUAUUGAACACAGUCCACAAGCCCCUGAGGGAGGGGCUAUGUUUGCAAAGCUGGCAGAUGAGGGUGACAGUGGUAGUGGCAGCUUGGGAUUCCGCAUGCCAACUUCCAAGAAAGGAUCUGCUGCUGUUGCUGGAUUCACUCUGAAAUUUUAGUUGCUUUACAUUGCAUCUGUUCUCUGUUGGCAUAAAAACCCAAAAAUGUUUGUAUAUUUCAUUGUAAAUAUUUCCUCUGUUAAGGUAGAAAAAAUAAAUGAUUUGCAUUACUAGUUUGGUUA